UGUGGUACAGAGGGACAUAACGGAAGUAGGAACUUCACUGGAGUACCAAGAGAGAAGUUUACUUUUGUUUAUGACUUUUGGGGUCAAGGUUUGAAAGUACUUCCGGAUAUUGGGGUCGCUGCGGAUGUUUUGAUGGAUUCGAGGAGUGUUAACCAACGUAGGGACCGGGGAGGAGGUGUCGGUAUUCCUGUCAGCACCCUUAAUUCCUCACAGAGCGGCUCCCCGUCGCUGACAGGUCAGUCCCGCCGGAGGAAGCAGCCGCCACGGCCGGUCGACUUCAAACUGCAGGUCAUCAUCGUCGGCUCGCGAGGCGUGGGAAAGACAAGUCUGAUGGAGCGCUUCACCGACGACACUUUCUGUGAAGCCUGCAAGUCUACCGUGGGUGUCGAUUUCAAAAUCAAAACUGUAGAACUAAGAGGGUUGAAAAUCCGAUUACAGAUCUGGGAUACAGCAGGUCAGGAGCGAUUCAACAGUAUUACCUCGGCAUACUACAGAAGUGCGAAGGGAAUUAUUCUAGUCUAUGACCUGACAAAGAGAGAAACAUUUGAAGAUUUACCAAAAUGGAUGAAAAUGAUUGACAAGUAUGCCUCCGAGGAUGCAGAGCUCCUGUUAGUGGGAAACAAAUUAGACUGUGAAGCUGACAGAGAAGUUACCCGGCAACAGGGCGAAAAGUUUGCACAACAGAUAUCUGGGAUGAGAUUUUGUGAAGCAAGUGCAAAAGAUAAUUUCAACGUUGAUGAAAUAUUUUUACAACUUGUUGACGACAUCCUAAACAAGAUGCCACUAGAAACAUUUCAAAGGCGUGAACUGUCUAACAGCAUUUUAUCUCUGCAACCAGAACCAGAAAUCCCACCAGAACUUCCUCCUCCUAGAUCAAAUAUUCGCUGCUGUUGAAGUGUCAUUAAAGGAAGAGAAGAGCGACAGCAAGCACACAUGUAUGCUCAGAUUUGUACGGUUCUGCACUACAGCCUUCCAGCUGGGACAGUGCUGCACUUUGUUGUCCAAAAUAGAGUUACACAUUAACUUGUAAAUACCUAAUAGUCACUGCUGUAGGGUUUUCAGCAAUAAUAAUAAAUGUUUUAUCUGGUCGUAUAUAUUGCUUCAAAGCUGUGUUCUUUACAAAAGAAAAAGAAAAAACUGGAACCGUUGAAAGAAAAUGCAGUGUGACCCCAGUGUAAGUUCCACGGUAUUCGAAUAUGGACGUUAAAUUCUGCAGCUUGACUGAAACUCUUGCACACAAGAAUGUUGAACGUUUAUAACAAAAUACUUUGUGAUGCUUUUAAACUUAAAAGCACAAAAACAGCAGCAUUUGAUGGAGGAUUACAACCAUUGGAUUUAAUAACGAGACUACAGCAUACAAAAAUACUUCCACGCUUAAUUAAGGGAUUUUCUUUGCAUUGCAAACAUUAUUUUAUUAUUGCCUAUUAUUUUAUUCUGCUUUCUGAAGCUACAUGUUUUAGUUUUGCUGUCAUUCUGUGUAGUAAUUAAUUUAUUCAUACUGCAAAACAGAGCUAUGCUUUUACGCUUGAAAAUAGUGAGACCUCAAAUGCUAGAACUAUUUUCUGUCUGCAUAUGAAGCCUGGAUCAGAACUGUCAUUUGUGCAUAUCAGUUAUAGACGCCUUUCUGUAUAUUUGACAGUUAUAUUGUGUGAUUUAUAAGAAUUGCUCACAAGACUGUUACCUACCGAGACUUCCUGGUAGUAGCAAAUUCACUUCCUAGACAACUUUAGUAUAGAUUAGUUAAUUAUGGUUUAAUUGCUUCCCCCUUCUCACCUGCCUCUGAGAUUCCAGCGAAGUUGCUGGACAUCACGUUCUGUCCCCUGUGUACCACAGUGGCUCCCCAGUGGGCAAUCCUGGAUGCAUUUCUUCACCUGGUGGGCACCCUGACUACACAAGGAGUUGACUUUAUGAAGUCAUUCCUACAGCCAGGGGAGCAGGGACCUAGAAGGAGCCAUCAUCCUAUGGCAGCAACAGUCAGUCUAUACGCAUGGGAAUCGAUGUGCCGAGAUGUCCUCAUGUCUGUCACCCAUUCUUGCUGAAUUACAAGGCUUUAGGUUUCCACCCGAAAUGCACAGGAAGUGGUUCUUUGCAAGUCUGACCACCAGGAAUAGGAGAGCUUGCUGGCCAUUGGUUGCUUCAUUCUAUCCUCCCUGGCUAGUUUUUCCAUCAGCCCACGUCUGUUCCCAAGCUUUGGUUACUAGCACCACAGAUGGAUACCCUUCCUGUAUGCCAUUGGGCUGGCUUGGUAUGGAAUGCUUAGUUACUGCAUAUUUCAAAUAGUAAAUCAUGUGACAGGCCUAUCAACACAAAUGUAAUAGCUGGUGUUUAGUUCAGGUAGUGUGUUAGGGAGGUUACUGUCUUGUGACCCUAAGAUAGUGACAUAAAAGUGGAAAAUAUGCAGAUGUAUUUUGUGGUUGCAACCAUGGUAUAAAAAUACCUUUCUGCUAUCUUAUUUCACACCAAAGCAGAUAUUUUUAUUUUUUUUUUUUUUAAAUAUUCUCAUUCUGAAUAAUUCACUGUAAAAUCAUUUACAAGCACACAUACAUUUACAGUAUAUAUGUAUGCAUACAUGUGUACAUAUGUUAUCUCCUUGCAGGUGGGUAAAACCUGCUCUGCAUAGCACCUGUUUUAAGUGCAUCCUGGGAGCUCUCUGAGCUAAUUAUGUUAAAUGAAGGUCGUUCUAAUUUCAGCCCACUACUACUGGGUGUGUUGGACUUAUUUAUAGCUGUUUACACCAACUUUUGUAGACUUUGGUUGCUGGUUAUGCCAUUUUCCCACUCUGUUACUAGUAAUGUUCAGAGUGUUUCAGUUUGAAGUUCACACUGAAUUUCAGCAUAAUUUUUAUCAUCGAUAAAUGUUUGUUCAUUUGAAAAAUAAAUGUUUGUUUAUUUGAAUAACAUGGCAUGUCCUGAAUGUUGUAUUGAAAUGCAUUGUAAUUUUCAUAAACUAAUGAAGUGAAUAAAAUUUUGUAUUUAUUACUCA